AUGCCGUCCACUGAAGAUGAAGGCACCAAUUGCUGCCUCAAAAGGACACUUGCCGGCUGCGUUUGCCUCGGUGCCGGAGCGGCAAUGCUCCUGCGAUCCAGCCCCUUCAGCUACGGCUACGGUAUCCAUCUUACAAGUACCGACAGCGAUGCCGUCAGCAGCACCGGAUGGCACGGUAGAGAGCGAGAGAGCGGGGGAGAAAGCAAACCUGUCGACUCUGCGGUGUUGCCGGGGCCCUCCACUACGAGGCUGCCUGCCAAAGCGACGACUGCGGUGAAGACGACUUCAGUCGGCAAUUCGAUUUGCAAUGCCACCAGGGAGUGUGGCACAUGGGUGAGGACGCAGGCACCGAAACUUGAGAGCCAGCAAGCUGGGGAGCAACCUUUCUACAAUAAGCACAUCGUAAUGGUUGGAGACUCACGGAUGCGGUACCAAUAUCUGUCCCUGGCUUACUUCUUCACACAUGGUGCUUUUGCCACAGGCGACGACUUCACUUUUCUGAUUAACGCAAAGAUGUUCACCGAGAGGCUUUCUGAGCCAUGGAAUUUCUGGUUCAAUAAAACGAACCACGCAUUGAAGCACGAACUGUGCAACUGCUACAGACCAAAGAGCGGUCUCGCCACUGCUGUGGAGAAUCGGUACUACCGCCAUCCUGAGAAGAUGGUCUCGAUCACAUACUUGCAGAAAUACGGACCGGCCCUGAUGCAAGGGCACUGGCAUUCUGACGGCACAAGCAUUGACUUGUGCAACUGUCAGUGCGGGCCAAGAGCAUGCAACCCCUUGAUCCAAACUCCAACGUGGAUUGCGAAAGACUUGCCCGAGCUCGCGACGGUCGUCGCGAAUUUGAAGCCUGACUACUUGGUUUUUCACCCAGGCUGGGAGGAGUUCCAAGCCUGGUCGACAGAAGACUUGGUCCGGUUUUUUUCGCUGAUCCAAGAAUCCUGCCCGGCCGUGCGGCUGUACUUUAAGACUCGGCUUAUCAAGUCAACAGAGAAUGCCAACAGCUUUCUUUCAUGGGCGAACGGCUACUACAGGGACAUGUACAGAAGGCUGAAUUUCGCGGCGCGCGGCUGGCAUAUGUGGGACGUUUCGAAUAUUACGGCAUCGUGGAAGGCUAAUGACACGAAAGCCACCUUCAUGUGGGAUCAAUGGCACUAUAGCCUUUCGGCGAACAAUGCCAUGAACAGGUUCAUGUUGCAGACUCUAUUUGGUGUCGAUGUGCAUCAAUUUGUCACGUGA